GUCAGCCGGCCCCUCUCAGCCUUUUAAAAGCAGCCGAGUCCAACCUCCAGCAGGACUCUGACAGAGGCUCACACAAGAUUUACUGAAGGAUGUCUUCUCCUGUACUUUGUGCUGUUACUCUGCUGGCAUGUGCUUUGACAUUUGGCGCAGCUCAGACAAGCUGUAAAGGUCGCUGUGGUGCUGAGUACUACAGGGGUAACAUGUGCCAGUGUGAUUAUGGCUGCCUGGAGUAUGAAGAGUGCUGCAGAGACUAUGAAUCCCAAUGCACCACAAAAAGCUCCUGUAAAGGACGGUGUGGCGAAGGCUUCAAAAGAGGCCGUCUGUGUAGCUGCGACUCUGACUGUGUUAAAUUCAAACAGUGUUGUCCUGAUCGUAAUCUGCACUGUGAUGCAGACGAGCCGACAUUGAAUGAUGCAAGUGAUCCUUCUACAUUCAGUGAGGAAAACCAUGCAGAUGACAAUUCUAUUCCACUGGUCAGUCCAACAUCAAAUCCACAAGAUGAUCUUGGUGAUGAUAUGUACAACCAGAUUUUUCCCACUGAUGAGUUUUCCAACAAUGGAGUUGAGGACCCGGAGGCAGGUCCAGUCCCACAGAGCACCAGCGGCUAUGAGUUGUCCACAGCUGGCGUGUUGGAUCAAAUAUCUACUGAACCCACCCAGGAUCCAGACCCUGCUGAUCCGCUUGAUGUUACCCCAGACCCUACUGUCAAUCAGCUUGAUGUUACCCCAGACCCCACUGCUGAUCUGCUUGAUGUUACCCCAGACCCUACUGACGAUCUGCCUAAUGUCACCCCAGACCCCACUGCAGAUCUUCCUAAUGCUACCCCUGACCCUAAUGCCGAUCUUCCUAAUGCUACCCCUGACCCUAAUGCCGAUCUUCCUAAUGCUACCCCAGACCCUACUGACGAUCUGCCUAAUGUCACCCCAGACCCCACUGCAGAUCUUCCUAAUGCUACCCCUGACCCUAAUGCCGAUCUUCCUAAUGCUACCCCUGACCCUAAUGCCGAUCUUCCUAAUGCUACCCCUGACCCUAAUGCCGAUCUUCCUAAUGCUACCCCAGAUCCUAAUGCCGAUCUUCCUAAUUCUACCCCAGACCCAACUGCCGAUCAACUUAAUGUAACCCCAGACCCCACUGCCGAUCAGCUUAAUAUCACCCCAGACCCUAAUGCCGAUCUUCCUAAUGCUACCCCAGACCCUACUGCCGAUCUUCCUAAUGCUACCCCAGACCCUACUGCCGAUCAGCUUGAUGUCACCCCAGACCCUAUUGCCGAUCAGCUUAAUGUAACCCCAGACCCUACUGCCGAUCAGCUUGAUGUCACCCCAGACCCAACUGCCGAUCAACUUAAUGUAACCCCAGACCCCACUGCCGAUCAGCUUGUUGUCACCCCAGACCCAACUGCCGAUCAACUUAAUGUAACCCCAGACCCCACUGCCGAUCAGCUUGUUGUCACCCCAGACCCAACUGCCGAUCAACUUAAUGUAACCCCAGACCCCACUGCCGAUCAGCUUAAUAUCACCCCAGACCCUAAUGCCGAUCUUCCUAAUGCUACCCCAGACCCUACUGCCGAUCUUCCUAAUGCUACCCCAGACCCUACUGCCGAUCUUCCUAAUGCUACCCCAGACCCUACUGCCGAUCAGCUUGAUGUCACCCCAGACUCCACCAAAAACACUCCACUUGAAGCCACCCCGAAACCCCAAGACAAACCAGCUCCAAACAAGCCAUCACAAACUAAACCAACGACACCUAAACCCAGCUCCAAUUCUGAGACUAAGCCUCUGAUCCCCACGCAAACCCUCACCAUAGACAAUCCUAAAGACUACCAAGCAGAUGACAGCAAUGAUACAAAUCUGUGCAGCGGACGUCCGGUUGGCGCAGUCACUACACUGAGGAACGGCACCAUGGUCGUUUUCAGAGGACACUACUUCUGGCUUGUUGACAGAUACAUGGUGCCUAGUCCGGCUCAGAGCAUCACACAGGUGUGGGGGGUCCCUUCCCCCAUCGACACUGCGUUCACCCGCUGCAACUGCCAGGGCAAAACAUACAUUUUUAAGGGACCCCAGUACUGGCGAUAUGAAAAUGGUUUGUUGGACCCUCAUUAUCCAAAGGUUGUUCAAGUGGGCUUUGAUGGGCUCCGUGGCCAAAUCACAGCGGCUCUAUCUGUCCCUCAGUACCAGAGCAGGAGAGAGUCUGUUUACUUCUUCAAAAGAGGGGGAACUGUGCAGAAAUAUUCCUACCAGUUGGGCACCAGUCCAACAUGUGGCAGGAAAGUCCACAAUGCUGUUUACACAGUCCGCAGCAGAGUGGUCCGACGAGCAGUGUCUCUUUUAGGGCCUUCCAUCAACAUCCGGACAUCAUGGAGAGGUUUCCCUUCGACCAUCACAGCUGCUGUGUCUGUCCCCAGCCGCACAGAACGGGAUGGAUACAAAUACCAUGUCUUCUCCAGAUCCACGUCCUACAACGUGAGGAUCGGCGGGGCACGUCCCGUCAUUCCUGCGCCGACAGCCAACGAGUCACCUCAGAGUAGAGAUUUCUUCAAAUGCCAAAAGAAAGUCUGAUGAAAGAUUUUGUUUUCCUAUAGUUUUAUUACAUUCUUCAUAAACCACACCGCUCCAGCAUGGACUGAUUACAAAAAGGUACUUUAAAGUAGUAAAGCAAAACUAAAAACAACAGGCUUCAGAACAAGUAAACACCAUCAAAGCUGAAUACAGAAUCUGAGCACGCCGAUUGGAAAAUGUGUAAUGUGUUUCUAAAAGGGAAUGACAUCUACUCCAGUCACGUCCGUCUCGAAGUCCUCUGAUUAGUGCUUCAUCUCGCAAAUCGUCUUCCGUGUAAACCCCGAGAAGGAAAUCCCUGACCUGUAACGAUAAAAUAUUUUGUUCAAAUUAAGCCUGCUAUACUGAUGUAAAGAUUCUGUACAGUGGCUGUAUAAAACGUGUAUAACAUGUAAUGUUUCAUCUGUUAUUCUCAUUAACAUGCAUUUUAACACACAAACAUGAAUUAAAUGCCAUGAAUGAAACAAA